AUGACGUCGGAGCUGACAUACCGGCGGCGACACAACGAGAUGGAGCAACCAGCCGCCUACUAUGGGAAGCCAAUGAAGUUGAUCCAUUACAUGCUCAGGGAACAGAGACUCGUAUUCGUUCUCGUCGGCAUUGCAAUCGCCACCGUAGCUUUCACUCUUUUCUCUCCAUCCCCCAUUCCCAUUCCCAUUCCCAUUCCUCACUACUCCGAUCAGCUUUCCAUGAGAUCGGAAUCAUCAUCGUUAGCUCAGAGUAGGAGGAUAGAGUACCUAACCGGUGGGAUGGGAUCGGUGGGAGGGAAAAUCCCCCUGGGUCUGAAACGCAAAGGUCUGCGUGUGGUGGUGACGGGUGGAGCCGGUUUCGUGGGGUCACACCUGGUGGACAGGUUGAUGGCCAGAGGAGACAAGGUGAUCGUCGUCGACAACUUCUUCACGGGGAGUAAAGAGAACGUUAUGCACCAUUUCGGUAACCCAAACUUCGAGCUCAUCAGACACGACGUCGUUGAACCUAUCCUUCUUGAGGUUGAUCACAUCUACCAUCUCGCCUGCCCUGCUUCUCCCGUUCACUACAAGUUCAAUCCUGUGAAGACGAUCAAGACGAAUGUGGUGGGGACGUUGAACAUGUUGGGGCUGGCGAAGAGAGUGGGAGCUAGAUUCCUGCUCACCAGUACCAGUGAGGUGUACGGUGAUCCUCUCCAGCAUCCUCAGGUUGAGACUUACUGGGGCAACGUUAAUCCCAUCGGUGUUAGGAGUUGUUACGAUGAAGGCAAACGUACGGCGGAGACAUUGGCCAUGGACUACCACAGAGGAGCCAAUGUUGAGGUUAGGAUAGCUCGAAUCUUCAAUACUUAUGGGCCAAGGAUGUGUAUUGAUGACGGUCGUGUGGUUAGCAACUUCGCAUUAAGAAAAGAGCCAUUGACUGUAUAUGGUGAUGGUAAGCAGACACGGAGUUUCCAGUUUGUCUCUGAUCUGGUGGAGGGUCUGAUGAGGUUGAUGGAAGGAGAACAUGUUGGCCCCUUUAACCUUGGUAACCCUGGUGAAUUCACCAUGCUUGAGCUCGCUAAGGUGGUUCAAGAGACGAUAGACCCGAACGCAAAGAUAGAGUUUAGACCAAACACAGAGGACGACCCACACAAGAGGAAACCAGACAUUACAAAGGCCAAAGAACUUCUUGGUUGGGAACCAAAGGUGGCUCUCCGCCAAGGACUCCCACUUAUGGUCCAAGAUUUCCGUCAACGUGUCUUUGGCGACCAGAAGCAGGACACCACCACUUCUUCAUCAACAGAAUAA